AAGGAAGCUAAAUGAGCUCAGCCUCCUUUAAAAGAGACGCAUAGGCACCUAAAACUGUUGUGCUUUGUGCUCUGCUAAAACACCCAAGACUGCGAAGUGGAAGGAUCCCUGAAAGGGGCACCGGAAGCCAUGUCAGGCAGAAAAUCCAAGAAGAACCAGAGGCUUGGUUCAUCACGACGAGGUCCUAAAGGUCUUAACAGAAAUAUUGAGAAAGAUGAUGAUGAUGAUGAUGGGUUUCAGCAGACUGCAGCGUCUGAGGAUGGGCGAGAUGAAUUUCACACCACCAGUGAUUACCAUGCAACCCAGUUUGAUCAUCCACCAAGCUCAAGCAUUGAACAACAAACAUCUGCGUUAGAAUGUCCUCCACAUGCAAGGGGUAACAAGGAUUCACUAAUGGAGACUGAACUGCCAGAACGGAAAAGGAAAAUGGGUUCAACUCGCAAGAGUACUGGUAGGUUUAAAGGUGAGAGAAAACUUGAUGACAUGAGGACCACUGAAGAGUUAGAUGAAGAAUAUGUAACUCAACCAAACACAUCAACCACUGAGGAACAACAUGCUUCUCUAACAGAAGAAGAACAAUCAAGUUUUCCUUCUGAUUUAUCCCUUCAGACCAAAAGUUCUGGUUUUGGAAAGGAGUCUGGAACAACUCCUAUGUUUGCAGUUUCAGAAAAUAAAGGAAAAGUUACAAUCCACCAUCAAGAAAUAACCUCUCAUUCACAUGAGGUAGUAAGUGAUAUGCCUAUAGACGAGGCAAUGGGGCCAUCUGUCCAGUCUAUUCCUGUCACAGUAGCUGAACGUGAUUUGUUGCGGGAGGAUUCAGUCAUGUUUAAUGAACCAAAAACACUUAGUCACCAAGAAACCCAAAUAGCCAGUACCUCUGGACAAAAAAGAAGGAUGGGCUCAACCCGCAGACCUCUCAGAGGGCAAAACAGUGAAAAUGUAGGUGUGCAAGAACAUUCACGAAACAUGACAGAGAAUGAAAGGAAAGCAAAAGUCAUGGGCGAAGCAAAGUUGAAAAUGUCAGAAGAGAUGGCGCAAACAUGGGAUGAUGUGGCAAGAGUUGAUCCAUCGUCCCACACAGAAUCAGCUUUGCUUUUAAGUCAGUCUCUAUUGGCCGAUAGAGCUGAGCUGAAAGAGCCUGAUGUUUCGGCUGAAACUGAAACUAUGAACCAAUCAGUUGCUUUUCCCCUUGUUGAUUCAGAAAAGCCCCUACCUGAAACAUCUAACCACCAUGGGACUCCAUUACUGAACGAGGCAUUGGAUUUUAAGUUUGGUUCACACACUGAGGAUUUAGAUGUUCUAAAUAAAGUUUUAAAAGAAGCAGGAAGUCAUUUAAGUGAUAACAGCCAACAUGUGUCUGAUACAAGAAAAGAUACAAACCCAUCUUACGACUUUAGAGAUGUGAACACAGAAUCCAAGAAGGAGGUUCUAAAGCAGAAAGAGGAACCACAAUUAGAGGAACUUGUGUUGCAUGAUCAAGAAUCUUCAUUAAGCCAACAUGACAUAGCUACUCUAAAUAAUAACUAUGAUUGUUCUAUGGUUCAACAUACAGUGGGAGGAAGUAGAAGUCUUGAUAUGCCUAUGUCUAACAUUAGCCAUGCUGAACCCACAACGACCAAUUUACCACAUGAGAUGAGGGAUGCUGUUGAAGAAAGGCAAGAGAUUCAUAUAGAAAUGAAACAAGAAAAUAAUGUUUGUGAUGUUGCUUCAGUAACAUGUGAUAGUCUGACUAAUUUAGUGUCUAUUACGAAAGAAGAUGAAGAUCCCCACAUUUUAGCAACAAGAGAAAAUGAGAAUAUGAGUGUUGAAAGAGGAUCUGAAACAGAAGAUGCAUUUGAAAUGACAGACCAGGGUGAUGUAAGAGAUCACAAUGUAACACAAAUAAUAAUGGAUGUAAGAGAUCAUGAAAAAGACGGAGAAACAAGCACAGAGACCAUUUGGAUUUCACACCAGAAACCGUGUGAUGUUUCAACUGAAAAUAAGGAGCUAUAUAAAGGACAAGAGCAUUAUUCAUCAAAUAUAUCUCUAACACACAGUCAAACACACGAUGAUGCUGGGAAGAUGCUAGAAAAUGAGGAGGUUAGAAAAUACAAAAAAGAGACUGAGAAUACUGCAGUUAAUGAUGUGACCUCAAAGUCAGAGGAAAUGUUUCGUUUUGAAGACUCAGCAACAGAUACAGGAUCUCUCGCACAACAACAACUGUUUAUGCAAUCUCCUGAUAAAGAAGACUAUGACUUGCAUGAAAAUGUGAAUGAGAAACGUGAAAAGGAAGAAAUACUUUUCAGUGUAGAAUCAGAGAAUGUAGCUUUUGAUAGAGGCAAUGAGAGAAGGGAAGGAACAGAUGGAAUUAAGGAGAUGGAUGCAGCACCAGUCCUGACAUUAGAUGUGGGAGAUGCAGGCCUACAGUUAGAAGUUGAAGCACAGAACAAAACAUUUGACUCAACAAACAGUGAAGCAGAUGGAACAGAAGAGAAUAUCAAUGGUGCUAGUGUUUUAGUCAGAGAAAAUAAAGUUAUUGGAAAUACAGUGGAGAGUAAUAUGACCCCUGAUGCACACAUGGAAGCAUUGAAAGUAUCUGAAAAUGCUGAGCAAGAAGUUUCAGGAGAAACAAUUCUCAAGCAAAACGACAUCAACAUCGUUCCUGAAGAUUCUCAUGAAGAGAAGGCACACCCAAAAUCAAGUCCAGUUAUUCAGAAGAGAAAAAUGGGCUCAACUCGUAGACCUCUCAAAGGGAAUAAAGGACUAAGAAAAGGUCAUGAUGAAAAAGAAAUCUUCAAUUUGGAGGAUGAACCCUGUCCAGAUGAAUCCAGAUAUACUGCAGUGAGUAUCUGUGACAUUUCAGAAUCACAAACUUUCACAAAAAUCUAUGCAGGGUCCCAGGAAAAUACUGGAGAUGUUGAAAUAGUGCCAGCAGAGGGAGACACAGAAUCACACUCAGAAAACAAAACGUUUGACUCAACAGCUUUUGAAGGAGAAGUUGAAGUCAGAGAAGUUGAAGUUAUUGGAGAUACCGUGGGCAGUAAUAUGACUACUGAAUCAGAUUUUCAUCAAACUUCUGAUGCAAACAUGGAAACGUUGAAAGUAUCUGAAAAUCCUGAUAGUGAAGAUUUAGAACUCAGAAGUUCACAAUCAGAAAUUCAACCAGAAAACAAAAUGAUUGAGUUAACAUCUGAAGCAGAAAGAACAGAAGAUACCAUCUGUGAAGCUAGUGUUUUAGUCAGAGAAGAUGAGUUUACUGUAGAUACGGUUAUAGUGGACAGUAAUAUGACUAUAGAGUCAGAUUUGCUUCAGAGUGACACUUUAAAUGAUGCAAAACUGGAAGCACUGAAAUUAUCUAAAAAUACUGUGAGUGUUUCUGCUGUGACGGAUUCUGUGCUUCUUGUGCAAGAGGAUGUCACUGAAGGAUCAAGAGAGACAGACACAUUUCCUGAGCAAAGUGACAUCAACAUCAUUCCUGAAUAUUCUCAUGGAGAGGAGGUACACUCAAUAUCAAGUCUAAUUGUUCACAAGCGAAAAAAAAUGGGCUCAACACGUAGACCUCUCAGAGGGAACAAAGGACAAAGAAAAGAAAUAGAACAUCAUGAUGAAAAUGAGACACUUGACAGUGAAGGUAUGAUCAAUGCAGAGAAAGAAACAAUUUGUUUGGAGAAUGAACCCAGUCCAGAUAUAUCUACAUUACAAAGUUUAAAAGAUGGAGCUAAAGAACAGGAGAUGGAAAUAUGUGAGAAGAAUGAUGUUGAUCCUGUUAAAGGGUCUGAAUCCACUCUCCUGCAGUCAUCAUGUACUUCAGAUUUAGUGUCUAAGGAAUCCACUGCAAUAAGUAUCUGUCACAUCACAGAAUCACAAACCCUCACAAAUAUUCAUGUAGAGUCUCAAGAAAAUACUGGAGAUGCUGAAAGAGUGGCAGCAGAGGAUGACAAAGACUUACAAUUAGAAAUUGACUCACAGAACAAAACAUUUGACUUAGCAACCAGUGAAGCAGAUGGACCAGAAGAGAACAUCCAAGACGUUAGUGUGGCAUUAAUCAGAGAAGUUGAAGUUAUUGGAGAUACAGUUACAGUGGAGAGUAAUAUGACUACUGAGUCAGAUUUUCUUCAAACUUCUCCUGAUGCACACAUGGAAGCAUUGAAAGUAUCUAAAAAUGCAGAGAGAGAAGUUUCAGGAGAAACAAACACAAUUCCUGAACAAAGUGAUAUCAGCAUCAUUCCUGCAGAUUCUCACAGAGAAGAGACACACUCAAAAUCAAGUCCAGUUAUUCAGAAGAGAAAAAUGGGCUCAACUCGUAGACCUCUCAAAGGGAAUAAAGGACUAAGAAAAGGUCAUGAUGAAAAAGAAAUCUUCAAUUUGGAGGAUGAACCCAGUCCAGAUGAAUCCAGAUAUACUGCAGUGAGUAUCUGUGACAUUUCAGAAUCACAAACUUUCACAAAAAUCCAUGCAGGGUCCCAGGAAAAUACUGGAGAUGUUGAUAUAUUGCCAGCAGAGGGAGACACAGAAUCACACUCAGAAAACAAAACAAUUUACUCGCCAGCAUUUGAAGGAGAAGCAACAGGAGAGAACAUCUGUGCAGCUAGUGCUUUAGACAGAAACGUUGAGUUUAUUGGAGAUGCAGUUAUAGUGGAGAGUAAUAUGACUACAGAGUCAGAUAUUGUUCAAAAUGACACUCCCACUGAUGCAAAACUGGAAACUUUGGUAUCUGAAAAUGCUGAGAAUGAAAUUUCAGGAAAAACAGACAUCAUUUCCAAACAAAGUGUUCCCAACAUCAUUCCUGAAGAUCUUCAUGGAGAGGAGGUACACACAAAAUUGAACCUUAAUGUGCAUAAGCGAAAAAUGGGCUCAACUCGUAGACCUCUUAGAGUGAACAAAGGACAAAGAAAAGUGAGAGUAGAAUCCAAGGAAAAUAAUGGAGAUAGUGAAGGAGUGUCAGAAGAGGAAGACACAGAAACACACUCAGAAAUUCAAAACUGGGAUAACGUGGUUGAUCAGAAUGUGACACAAGAAAUUAUGAAUGUAAGAGAUGUUGAAGAUGAGGAGAGAAAGACCACGAAGACACUGGACAUGUCAGUGCAGGUGCUAUGUGAUGAUUUGGAACUAGAGCAAAGAUCAGAUGCAUCUCAAACACAAACUGGUCCAUCACAGGAAGAUACUGGCUCAUAUUUAGUAGAGUUCCCAGAAAGAACUGCAGAUAUUGUGAGAGACAGUAAUAGUCUUUCUGAUAUGGUCAUGUCUGAUGCCCUUCUUAUGGAGGAAACCCAAAUUCAUGUGUCAUCUAAUGAUGUUCCUCCAACAGAGGUAGUUGAAAUGAAUCCAGUCUCCAAAAAGUCUAUGCAGAAGAGAAAAAUGGGGUCAACUCGGAAGAGAGGUAAGAGGAUGGUAAAUGACAAGGAGGUUGAAGAAGAGAAAGAGGGAGAAACUGAAAAUACAACAGCUGGUGAUGAGACCACAGAGUCAGAGGAGAAAUUAACACUUGAAGAAGCCAUUACAGGAUCUCCUGUACAUCAGCAACUGUUCAGUUCAUCUGCUGAUAAAGAGGACCAUGACAUUCAGGAUAUUGUUUGUAAAUCAGAUGUGCAGGCAGAAAACUCGGAACAAAAUUAUCCAAACUCUACCAUAAAUCCAGAACUAUUGAUAGAAUCUGAAUGUUCAUCAAAUGUUGCUGCUGAAAUGGUUUCAGACCUUCCAUUGGGAGAUGUCGACACAUACUUAGAUCCUAAACAAAGUGUCAUUCCUAAAGAGUCUCAUAGAGAAGAUAAACCAAACUUGAAUCCGGCUGUUCAAAAACGAAAAAUGGGGUCGACACGUAAGACGCUCAGAGGGAACAAAGGGCAGGGAAGAAUAGCAGAAUCCAAAAAGAUGGAUCGAAAUAGUGAAGGAAUGAUACAGGAACAGGAUACAGAACCACAUUUAGAAACCAGUGCAAGAAAAACUGAAUUUGAUGAAGAGGUUGAACAAAACAUCCCAUUUGAAUGUUCUCAUCCAGUGGCUUCUUCAAACAUGCUCCUUGAACUAGAAAAUGGAGUGACGGAAGUUUUUCCGAAUAUUCAUGACCUAUCUGAGGUGAGUGAGGAAAAGGGGAUGGACAAUACUGGAAAUGACAGUAAUAGUCUGAGUGAGGCAAUUAAUCUCAAGGAGGGGACAAAGGACAAAUUGGUCUUGACAAUUAGUCACGAAGAUGUUCAUCAGAUUGUGUCAGAGCCUGCACAAACUGAAAACACACACACGGUUAUUCCUACACAAGAACUAAGAGCCACUCAAGAUGAUGUUGUUCAUGAAAACAACUCUCGAAAAAUACCUGCCACCCAAGAAAAGAGGCGAAAGAUGGGCUCAACCCGGAGAAAUCCCCGAGCAAUGCAUGGGAAAAAUAUGGCUGAUAAUGAAGAUGUACUUGGUGUGGCGGAGGAUAGAGAAACUAAGAAAGCAGAGGAUGAUUUAGAAGAAGCAUUAAGCAUCAGUCAGUCCAAGGAUGUGUCUUCAGUCAGUACCACAGAUCUUAAUUCAGAAAUGUUAGCUAGUGUAACUGAUUUAAAAGUUGAAAAUGAUCAUCUUCAUAGUUUUAGACCAACAGUGCCUGAAACACAUGAAAAUACCCUUCAAAUAUGUGACAAUCAAUUAGAAAAUGCUGAUGUUACCAAACAUCCACAGUCAGAGACUAUUACCAUUGAGAAGAGAAGAAAGAUGGGCUCGACUCGGAAGAAUCUCAGAGAAGGAGGAAUACGAGGAAAAAGAGAUGGAUAUGAGGACACAGAAACUGAAGACACAAAUGUGCAAAUGUCUCAGGACACUGAAAUGAGCUUAGUAAGAGAAGAUGACAACAGACAACAGACAACUCACGACUACCCCAAUCAGCCAGAGGAUUCACUUCUCAGUGAGAUAGAGAGAGCAUUAAAUAAGACGUCUCAAAGUUCAUUAAGUUAUGAUUGGGAAUUAAUCGUCAAAGAGCCAAACCCAGAUGGCUUAGCCAAUGCUCCUGAUCUCAAUAUGCCAGAAAACUCAGAAAUCAAAUCUCUUCAGCCAAUGCCAUCGGCUCACAGUGAACCCAACUCACCAGGAGGACGAAGAAGAAAAAUGGGUUCAACUCACAAAAAUCUCAGACAGCAGCUCAAAGCAGAAAGGGAGGAUGAAGACAAAGAGGAUGGGGAGAUAGAUGAGAACUCAAAGACAAAUAAGCAAGAAAAGAAGGACCUUGAAAGAGUUGAGGUGUCUGUAGUGCAUAAUAUUACUGAAAACAAACUGAAUAAAGAGUAUCUCGAUGUCUCUAGUGCACACACAAGUAGCAAUCAGCUAGAAGAGAGCACUAACCCUGUUAGCCAAGAAAAGACGUCUCCAUCAACUAAAAGGAAGUUUGGGUCCAGACGUGCUAAUAAGGGCAAACAAGGCCUUGGUAGGUUGGCUGAUUCUGAUUUUGGGAAUGAUUUAGAAGAUGGAGAUCAUAAACCAGACAGCUCUGAGGUCAAGGACAAGCUGCACAGUGAUGACUUAGCGGUUUGUGAUCCGUGCCUCACCUUACAACCAGAGAAUCAACCAGCUUCUGAGCAGAGGAACAUGGAAGCCAAAAAUGAAGAAGCUGCUCCAAAAGGCACUGGUGCUGGUCUUGUUUCUUUGGACCAAAUCAUAAAACAUGAUAGCACUGGAGCUAAGCAGACAGUAAAUUUAAAGAACAGGAUUUCAGAUACUGAAGUAGUUCAGUUUAAUGUUGUCAUGGUGGGAAACAGCUGUGUGGGAAAGACUUCCUUCAUAAGACGCUUCCAUGAAGACCAGUUCACUGAGGAUUACCGCUCCACUAUUGGUGUUGACACCUGUAUACAGACUGUUGUGCUGCCUGACAGAACUGUUAGACUGCAAAUAUGGGACACAGCAGGUCAAGAGAGGUUUCACAGCAUCACCACACAAGUGUUCCACAAGGCUGAUGGGCUUCUGCUCAUGUAUGAAGUCACAUGUUCAAAGAGUUUUAUUUCUGUACGAGAUUGGAUCUCUCAAGCUCGGCAAAGGGCCCCUGAUGAUGUCAUCAUGAUGUUGCUUGGAAACAAAAAUGAUUCUGUAAAGCGUGAAGUCCAGGUUCAGGAAGGGGCAGAUCUGGCCAGAGAGUAUAACAUACAUUUCAUGGAGUGCAGUGCUGCAACUGGGGUGAAUGUGUCAGAAUCCAUGAGAAGUCUUGCAGAAAUGUUAGUGCAGCGCAAGUCACAGAAGGAGAAACACACAACAUUGAGAAGAGAACCACCACAGAAGAAAUCUGGUUGCUGUUGA